AUGGCUUCAUCUACUCGCAUUUUCUCAUUUGGCUUAGGCAUGUCACCUAGUCGUGCACUUGUUAAAGGUCUUGCUCGAGCGACGAAUGGUCGAUUUGUUUUCAUUCCACCAAAUAGUAGAGUUGAUACAUACGUCAAGGAACAAUUGCGAAGAGCUUUACAACCAAGUAUUACCAAUAUUGAAGUGAAAUGGAAUUUUGGUGACAUUGAUGUACAUACUGCACCUACACAAUUGCCUACUGUCUAUGCUAAUGAUCGUUUGAUUAUUUAUGGUCUCAUGGAUAAUAUCAGUGCUUUAUCAUCAGAUAUUCAUCCUUCUGUAGAACUCUAUACGAAAGAAGAUCAUCAUCGAUUAGGUGAGGCAAGAAUUGAACGAAUAACCAGUACAGAUAACACAGGAUCGAUUGUCCGUCUUGCCGCUAAAGCCCUUAUUCUCGAGCUACAGCAUACUAAGAAGGUAUCAACAGGCUCGUUACAAUCAUGUUUUCAAGACGAAACAGACUUAACAGAGAGGACGACAGAAAUAGAAGAAACAAUGAAGAAACGCAUUAUUGAACUCUCCUUAAACUACAGCAUUUUGACGCCAUAUGCAGCAUUUGUGGGUAUUGAGAAGCGAGUAAACGGAAGUAAUAAUGACAUGACUCUUCGUGAAGUACCAAUUCAAAUAUCAGCCGAUGAUCAUCAUUUGAUAUCGUCGCCGUCUUUACGCUACUUUAACAAUGGACAACGUCAGACACUUUCAUAUUUGACUAUUCUUGCUUGUUCCUUUCUUUAUCUUGCUUUCUUUUUCACAGCAUAA